AGAUAAAGUAGUGGCCGAUCACCCGUCCAGGCGCAGGUUGUCCUCACGGUGGCAGUCUCCUCGCGGCAACGACAACGACAUGGCCCGCGCCCUCGCCCUGAUCCUCUGCGCCGUCGUCGCCUCCGCAGCCGCCCUCAGCAACCAUGGCGCAGCCCAGGUGGAUGAGCUGUCUGUCUCCCACUCGCACGUUGUGGCGGCCGUGGAGCAGGUGGCGCAAGAACUGGAGACCGAACUCAUUGCACUGAUCGCCGAGGCCGAGCGCCACCACAGCCGGCUGACCGCCGUCAAGGGAAUCGACAACGGACAGUGCAUCGAGACCGCCUUCCACGACGCCCUCAUCGUGGCCUCCAGGAUCCUGGACCUCAUCGACUCCGUGAACCAAAUCGCCAACGCCCUCCUGAGCGAGCUGGGCAAGUGCAAGGGCAACGUCAUCACCUCCCUGCCAUGCCGCCUCAAGGUGCUCUCGGGCGCCCUGAAGAAAGUCAGGGAGCUGAACGGCAAGGGCAAGGAGCUUCUGCUUGAGCUGAAGAGGAUCGUCCGGGACUUCAAGAAAAACUGUAUUCCCUCCAAGCCCACCCCUGCCCCCACCCCUGCCCCCACCGCCGCCCCCACCGCCGCCCCGACCGCCGCCCCCACCCAGGCCCCCACCGAGGGACCCACGGAGGGACCCACCGCUGGUCCCACCGAGGGACCCACCGCUGGUCCCACCGACGGUCCCACUGAGGGCCCCACCGCUGGUCCCACCGAGGGUCCCACCGACGGCCCCACUGAGGGUCCCACCGCUGGUCCGACCGAGGGUCCCACCGGAGGCCCCACCGAAGGCCCCACCGCCGGACCCUCCGAGGCACCAGCCCGCCUCUACUAGAGGCGACGGAGUGGUGACGGAAGAGACCGCCGAACCGACCACCAACACCACGACCACCACGGUGACCACGGCCAUUUGCAAAUAAAUGUCGUCCUCUCGAGA